GCUGUUCAGAUUAUAAUGCCAAUGCUUCACCUGAGCCCAAUAAAUUGGAUAGUUCAAUGUCAAGAUACUCCCUCGUUUUUAAAGCGCGCUAGCACCGAUAAACUACGUGAUGUCUUCCUUAAGUAUGCUUCAAUGCAAAAGGAUGGCGAACAUUACAUGACCAGCGAGGAUUUUGUGCGAAAGUUUUUGGGCCUAUUCACGGAGAACGCUUUCAAUGAUGAAUCGGUGCGUCUAUUGGCCGGCAUAGCGGAUACGAGUAAAGAUGGCCUCAUAUCAUUCUCAGAGUUUCAAGCGUUUGAGGGUCUGCUCUGUGCACCCGAUGCGCUCUAUAGAACCGCCUUUCAGCUAUUUGAUCGCAAGGGCAACGGCACCGUUGCCUAUGAUGAUUUUGCUGAAGUCGUACAAAAAACGGAACUGCACUCAAAGAUACCUUUUAGCUUAGAUGGUACAUUUAUUAAACGCUACUUUGGUGACAAGAAACAACGCCUUAUCAACUAUGCUGAAUUUACGCAAUUGCUGCACGAUUUUCAUGAGGAGCAUGCAAUGGAGGCAUUCCGUAGCAAGGAUCCAGCUGGCACUGGAUUCAUAUCACCCUUAGAUUUUCAGGAUAUUAUUGUUAAGGUUAAGCGGCAUUUACUCACGCCCGAUGUCAAGGAUAACUUGGUGGCAGUUACUGAGGGUCACCGCGUGAGCUUCCCGUAUUUUAUCGCAUUUACCUCGCUGCUGAACAACAUGGAACUAAUCAAGCAGAUCUAUCUGCAUGCCACCAAGGGCACUCGCACCGAAAUGGUGACAAAGGACGAGCUGCUCUAUGCUGCCCAAACUAUGAGCCAGAUAACGCCACUCGAGAUUGAUAUACUCUUCCAGCUAACGUCGGCUGUGAAUCAACCGGGUAAACGCUGGUGGAAGCGCAAAAAGAUUGCGCCAAGUAGCCGCAUCGACUACAGUGACCUGAGCAACAUUGCACCUGAGCAUUAUACAAAGCAUAUCACGCAUCGUCUGGCUGAGAUCAAAGCAGUGGAUAGUCCAAAUGAUCGCUCCGUUCUUAUACAAAUGCUGGAAGCCACCUACCGCUUUACUUUGGCCUCCUUUGCAGGCGCUACUGGCGCAACUGUUGUCUAUCCCAUUGAUCUGGUGAAAACGCGCAUGCAGAAUCAACGCACGGGCUCCAUGAUUGGUGAAGUCGCUUAUCGCAACUCUUGGGAUUGCUUUAAGAAGGUUAUUCGCCACGAGGGUGUCCUGGGUCUGUAUCGCGGCUUGCUGCCCCAGCUUAUGGGCGUGGCGCCUGAGAAGGCCAUCAAGCUGACCACCAACGAUUUUGUGCGAGACAAGUGUACGGAUGAGCGUGGCAAUAUUCCACUGUGGGGCGAAGUGUUGGCUGGUGCUUGUGGUGGUGCUGCCCAGGUGAUCUUUACCAAUCCUCUGGAGAUAGUCAAGAUACGCUUGCAAGUGGCUGGCGAGAUUGCUGGCGGCUCCAAGAUACGCGCGUGGACUGUAGUGCGCGAACUUGGCUUUCUGGGACUCUACAAGGGCGCGAGGGCGUGUCUGCUGCGCGAUGUCAAUUUCUCAGCCAUUUACUUCCCAGCUUAUGCGCAUACCAAGUCGGCGCUGGCCGACAAGGAUGGCUACAACAGUCCGCUGUCGCUGUUGGCUGCGGGCGCCAUAGCUGGCGUGCCGGCCGCUUCGCUGGUGACACCCGCUGAUGUGAUAAAGACGCGUCUGCAGGUGGCUGCGCGCACGGGUCAGACUACCUAUACGGGUGUCUGGGAUGCUACCAAGAAGAUUAUGGCCGAAGAGGGACCUCGCGCCUUCUGGAAGGGCACAGCCGCGCGCGUCUGUCGCUCCUCGCCGCAGUUUGGUGUCACCCUGGUCACCUACGAGCUACUGCAGCGUCUCUUCUAUGUUGACUUUGGCGGUAGUCAGCCUAAGGGCUCACAGGCUGGCAAGACGUCCAUGCCACUGGGCAGCACUCUCAGCCAUGCGGCGCCGAAUCCGGAUCAUAUUGGUGGCUACAAUGCUGCUGUGCCGCUGCUCGCCGGCAUUGAGUCCAAGUUCGGUCUAUAUCUGCCACGUUUUGGACGCGUCGCUGCCAGCAGCUCGAACACUGCGACCGGCUCAUGAUCGUAUUGGCGCCAUCGUCUGCCCUGCCCCAGCUAGGCCUUAAGUUGUAGAGUCGUCGCCAUAUUUGUAGUUAGUUAUGCCUAAGCAGAAAGUUACAAGUCAUAGUUCAGGUAUAUAUACAAAAUAUAUAUAUAUUUUGCUAUCAGAGGACAAGUGUUUGCAACAAAUUGUUCUAAAUUGUACAACAACUAUCCCAAUUGUUAUUUUGUAAAACAUAUUUUGAAGAUACAGCAUAUUUAUCUAGAUAUUUAUAUAUGUAUAUACGAAUCCUUAUGAAUGUAUGUAUGUAGUAGUAAAAAUUUUAUGGCACACAAUUUAGGGCUUUUCGAAAAUCUGAUAUACUAUAUAUAGAGAAAUCACUGAAAAACAAAAUGUUUGCACCUUUAAAUAUUAGUAUGAAUUUG